UCCCAACUCCAGACCCAAUCACAAAAACGGGUCAACCCAAACUCAAAUCCACGAAUAUUGAGUUUAUUAUUCACCGACAAUACGAUCUCGAUGAAUCAAUCAAUGCACUGUUCAAUCACAACAUAAACAAACAAUCACAGUGUACUGAAUCUACUCACAUUCACUUCUGAAUUGUUUAUACCCAAAAAACAAAAAAAACCUCUCACUACAUUUUGGCACGUAUACUAGUUCUGAAGAAUCCACUGCAAACCCACCAUUUCUCACUGACCCAAUUGCUUUCUUUGCUUUUUCAAACUGUUUUGUUUGACACCCAGAUGAGGAUUCUGUAGAUAUGAAGAGAUUCAACAGAAAUUUCGUUGAUCCACCUCGAGAUCCGGUAAACGCCGUCGUUUCACGGGUUCCGGAGACCAAAUGGGGCUUGAAUCCGCUGAAGUUGAUGGGGGUUUUCGUUGCUUGUUUGAUGGGUCUUUCGGUUCUGUUUUCUGUGUCUGUGAUUUUGAGGGACCCACUUUCUGAUGGCAUUUGGGUUGGUGCUGAAGCUAGGGUUCUUGAAGUGAAGCCUCAACAAGAAGAAGUUAUGGGUUUUUCAGAAGAUGAUUCUUCUCAGCCUGCCGAGGUGCCUAAAGAUAAACUACUUAACGGCCUGCUUGCUUCUGGAUUCGACGAAAGAUCUUGUCUCAGUAGAUAUCAGUCGGUACUUUAUGGCAAAUCAUUAGCCCACAAACCGUCUUCUUACCUUAUCUCCAGGUUACGAAGCUACGAAGAUCUCCACAAACGUUGUGGUCCAUUUACUGAAUCUUAUAACAAAACCGUGGAGCAACUUAAGUCUGGCCAACAAACCGAUCCCACUGAUUGUAACUACCUAGUAUGGAUAUCAUUCAGUGGUCUCGGGAACAGGAUACUGACCCUGGCUUCAGCAUUUCUUUAUGCUCUCCUCACCAACCGGGUCCUACUUGUUGAUCGUGGAGUCGAUAUUGCUGAUCUAUUUUGUGAACCAUUUCCCGAGGUCUCUUGGUUACUCCCAACAGAUUUCCCCAUUACUGCUCAGUUCAGUAGCUUCAAUCAAAAAUCAGAUCUCAGUUAUGGGAAUAUGCUGAAGAAAAACCCGACUCAGACAGAUGUGCUACCCUUUCUCUAUCUUCAUCUGGUCCACGAUUACGAUGAUCAGGAUAAGCUUUUCUUCUGUGAUCAAGAGCAAGAUUUUAUCAAGAAAGUACCGUGGUUGAUUAUGAAAACCGACAACUACUUCAUCCCUUCUCUCUUUUUGAUCCCGUCUUUUGAGCAAGAAUUGAGAAAUCUCUUCCCAGAAAAAGCAACGGUUUUCCACUUCUUGGGUCGAUACCUCUUCCACCCCACAAAUCAAGUGUGGGGACUCGUUGCCAGGUACUACCGAGCAUAUUUAUCUAAAGCUGAUGAAAAAAUAGGCAUCCAAAUCAGAGUCUUCGAUACAGGGGUUGGACCAUUUCAACAUGUUUUAGAUCAAAUCAUAGCUUGUACCUUGAAGGAGAAUCUACUACCCGGAAUCAACCCAGAGGAGCAUAUCAUCAGCCCACCCGGAAAGCAGAACACGAAAGCAGUGUUAAUGACAUCUUUGAACUCCGGGUACUUCGAGAAAGUACGAGACAUGUAUUGGGAACAUCCGACUGUGACCGGGGAGUUUAUUGGCGUUUACCAGCCGAGUCAUGAAGGGUAUCAACAAACUGAAAAGCAAAUGCACAAUGUGAAGGCGUGGGCAGAAAUGUAUCUUCUGAGCUUGACCGAUAAGUUGGUCACGAGCUCGUGGUCCACUUUUGGAUAUGUGGCUCAGGGUCUUGGUGGGUUGAAACCAUGGAUCCUAUACAAGCCCGAGAACCAAACUGCUCCCAAUCCACCUUGUCGUCGAGCCAUGUCGAUGGAACCUUGUUUCCAUGCCCCUCCCUUUUAUGAUUGUAAGAAGAAAAUUGGGGUCGACACCGGUGCACUUGUUCCUCAUGUGAGGCAUUGUGAAGAUAUGAGUUGGGGUCUCAAGUUGGUUGAUCACAAUGAUUGAGGGAGGGAAUAUUUCUUUUUGUUGUAAAGUAGAAUCAGAAAUUUUUUCAAUAUGGUUAAAGACCCUUAAGAACUAUUUUGUGAGGGUGUGUGAUAAACUAGUUACUCUGAGUUUGGCUUAUGACUCGCUCGUGUUUGAGAUUAACAUGUGAGGAAAAAUGAGUUUUGUUUUGCAGCUUGUUA